AUGAGCUUGAUGUCUGCCAUAGACACCAGUGCCUCAGUGUACCAGCCUGCACAGCUCCUGAAUUGGGUCUAUCUCUCUUUGCAAGACACCCACCAGACCAGCGCUUUUGACGCCUUUAGACCCGAACCCAACUCUUCCCACCCGGAGCUGAACUACUGCAAGACUCCUGCGGCGGACCUGAGUUCGUCCCUCAACUCCAACUAUCUCAACAACUUUUUUCAGCUCCAGCGGAAUGAGGUUAGAGACGGAUCGUUCUGUCUGUCAUUCCCCCCCCCCCCCCCCCCCCCCCCCUCUAUUAUGGAAUUAUAUUACCAUGAUGUUAUUGCCACGUUAUCUAAAUAGCAUAUAUAGGCUACGAUCUGUUUGUAUUUGCGUACAUCCCAUCGUAUGUCGAGCGCUGUUUUGCAAAAAUGUUUGAAGGAGUUUGUGCAACAUUGGGUAUUCUGGUAGCCUACAUAUAACCGGAUAUUUCGUAUAUGGACAAUAUAAAGACGUGCUCAUUAACUUUUCAGACCUAUUAGGGCAAUAUCUGAUUCCACCAUAGCCUAUUCUAACAACAAUAAAGUUGAUUUAGCAACAGCUCUGAGUGCAACAUGGAGAAUUCAACAUGCACAAGCAUAACUGGUUUUAUAUUGGGCAGAAUUAUUACUAGACUAUGGCAGGUAGGCCUAAUUGAUUAGUGCCUAUAGUAAAUAAAUAGAAAAACAGUAGGCCUGUAAAAAAAAUUUUUUUAUGCAAUCAGGAUGAACUGCCAAGAAGCACCGGGUCUAGUUCUAAGUGUAAAACACGACUGUAAUAGUUUUAAACUCGGCAAAGAUGUAUAAUUAAUCCAGUAACGUUAUCUGUGACUUUCAAUUAGGUGUUAAAAUGCAGAGUUAGCAUUUUGAGAGAAGUAUAUAUAUAUAUAUAUAUAUAUAUAUAUAUAUAUAUAUAUAUAUAUAUAUAUAUAUAUAUAUAUAUGUAUAUAUAUAUAUAUUUUGUAAUUGUCUGACUCGGUUUAGGCUGUUUUAAAGGCAAGGCCAAUCUCGAGCAUGUCACAUGUAGGAGCGUGAUGCGUCUGGGUCUUGGGUCUGCAUUAGGUUGGAAUAUUUUCCCAGUAUUUUACAAAUGUUGCAUCCCGAGAAUAAAUCACUUUUCUCCCGGGUAACCCGGUAUUUCCCGCCAAAACCGGAAGUGACAUUCAAAAGCAUUAUAAAGCUUAUAAAUAGGCCUAUGUCUGGAUUUGACUAGAGCUUUGAUCGAAAAUUAAAGCCUGACGCAACCUUAGCCUGAUUAAAUACAUUUUAUGAGCCCUACAUUAAAGACAUUUAAUGAGUGCAUCCCCAAAAAGCCCAAAUGAUUGUGCCAUUAUCAUCCAAUACAUAGGCUGAUACAGUAUAUAGGCUACUGCACAUUAUGCACGACAGAAAAACAUAAAAGCACAUAGAUGUAGCUAUGCUCUCUUGGGUAAAUAAAUGAAACAAGCUCCAGUAGGCUAAUCUUUUUGAGUGUGAACUGUAUUACUGUACUGUAUUGUAUUAUACUGUAUUAUAUGGACUGGAAUUACGCAUCUCAUUCAAACCAUGAUAAAGCGGUGAGAGAACAUGCGAUUCUGGUGCAGCACAUGCGGCCUACAAAGUUACAAUUAUAAGCUAGCGAGUUUGAUUGACAUUUUUCAUAAUAUUUCCCCUAAUGUUAUAGCCUACCUCCUCUUUCUCUCUCUAUUGUUGCUUCAUUCCUUCCUCGCUUUCAACAGUUAAAUGAAAUAAGUUUGGUUGUCCUUACCUUCAUCAUUCUAAUGACAUACUUGAGUAAUAUAGGACUAGAAUGAGAUGCGGAAGGCUUUCAGUUCUCAACGAUGAUUGAAUGGUUAUGGGUCUGAAUAAAUAACUGCUAUAGCCUACCGCCAUCGCGGGUUCGCUCUUCUUUCAAACUACCUGUGAGUUCUAUUGGCUGCUGUAUUUAACAUUAAGCAAACAAGAGCUUAUGUCCCUCUUCGAAUAGUCUAUUGGUAUAAGAAAUGCUAAACAAAAUAAUGUCCAGCAAACUAUUCUAGUCUAGCUUUUCCUGCAUGGGACUCCAAGAGCUAAGGAGCCUUUUUUACUGCGAGAGGCCAGUGGAGCACAAAGGUGCGUGCGUAUUGCACAAGAGACAGAGGCUAUUAGUUAGAAGCUUAUUAUGCAUAACCCAUCAUUCAUUACCUAAAUAUAAGACUAAUACUGAUUUGAAUUUAUCACCUGAAAGAGAUAGGCUAGGACAUCUAUAUAUAGGCCUAUAUAUAAAUCUUGAACAGGAUUAUCUAUUUUGGAUGCAAUUUGAAUGGAAUUGAUGGAGAGAGAGAAAGACUGUGAGAAAGUGCUCAUUAAUACACUGAUUUAAAGCAACGAUAUGAGUGUUUUAAAACGCUGCAAUAAUACAAAUAAUAAAACAUAUUUACAAUUAAAAAAUAAGGUGACCCCGAAAGCCAGAUGAAGAUGUGUCUUUAUAUUACUGUAGCAUAAGCUAUGCUGCAGUUAAUGUCUACGUCACAAUAAAAAGGUUACCAUGAUGAGAUUAUAGGUCUACAUACUGAGAUGGGCUGUCAGUCCCACCCUGAGCGUUGAUGAUUCAUCAUGCAGUGACCAGAGAGAAGGCCAUAGAGAAUCCAGAUUUAGACAUAGCAUAUGAUUUAACAGUUCCGUUUCACUUCAUGCUGUUCAUAUCAAUAAUUUAUUAUAAUUUACCGGUUUCUCGCAGUUAUUUAUCCCAGGAAAAGGGAGUGGUUUUGGGCAGUAAAUCUCGGUAAAUCUCAGUAACUGGGUUCCCGCCAUUCAACCCUAGUCUGCAUGCUGAUGAGCUUGAGAGGUCUCCGGGUUAAACGCGGUCUCAGAGCAUUUUGUAUUAUUCUGUACAUAAAUUCAAGACACUCCAUUUAGUAUGAUAUCUUACGUUUCAUAUGGUAUGUAUUAAUUUGUGGAUGUCCAUCAUCCAUUUCAUAUGAUAUUUUAUGAAUGACAAUUCGUACAAUAUGUUAUGAAUUGCAAUUCCUAUAAUAUAAUGUUACAAAUUUGCAAAAAGUACAAUAUCUUACGAAUUUGCAAAACAUAUGGUAUGUUACAAAUUACAAUUUGUUGUGGCUAAUGUUAGCUAGGUGGCUAGAUGGCCAACACUAACGUUAGCUAGCUGGCUAACGUUAGCUCUAGGGGUUAGGGUUAAAGUUAGGAGUUAGAUUAAAGAGUUAAGGUUAGGGGAAGGGUUAGCUAACAUGCUAAGUAGUUUCAAAGUAGCUCACAGGUAGUAUGUAGUUGCAAAGUUGCUAAUUAGCUAAAAUGCUAAAGUUGUCCAUGAUGAGAUUCGAACACGCAACCUCAACCUCUCAUUGCAAGGGGUUGGUAAAAAUGCUGUAUCUGAGUUCACAAGAAAUGGCAUGAUUCUUUGGUCCCUUGAGCACAUAAUGUAGCCUAUCAUUAGGACACACACACACACACACACACACACACACACACACACACACACAGAGUCAAUACCAAGACCGGGAUGGGGGCGAGGGGUACGAGACCAGGUCAAGACCAAGACCAGAAAAAUGUGAGUCCAAUUCAAAAACUGUGGCAAAUUGCCACCAUAAUAAGAGUAAAAUAUGUCCAGUAUUUUUGUGUUCAUAUUUCAGUAGAACCUAUGGAUUCUUUAGACAUACAGAAUGGUGAAAAUAGGCACGCUGAGGGGCAAAUAGAGAGCCACUAAACAAAUGAUCACUAACCCAAACAGGUUAAAUAGAGAGACACUCUACAAAUGAUCACUAACCUAAACAGGUGUCUAAUAGAUACAAAGACUAAAUAUAUUACAACUUCCCCUGGUCUCCCCUUACUAAUACCCACUGGGCACAGACAUCAGUUCAAUGUCUAGUAUUGAUUUACAUUUGGUUCAGUUGUCAACUAACGUGAAUUCAACAUGAAAUCAAUCAAAAAUGUCACGCUGUCAUUGGAUUAAGGUUAAAAGUUGGGUGAAAAAAAGACAAAAUACCCUUAUGUUGAUGACUUUUUGCAAAUCCAAUUUGUUUUCCACAUUGAUUCAACUUCAUCACAUUUAAUUUUGGGGUUGAAAUGACAUGGAAACAAUGUUGAUUCAACCACUUUUUGCCCAGUGGGUAGUGAGCCUGCAACAAUUUCCCCCACUCUUCCCUAGCAGCGAAUCAAGGAAAUUCUGACGAGCGCAACAAAGUUUGAGGAUAUUUUUCAACGAAAGUAAAGGACAGUAAUGUUACAAGUAAAUAAGAAAUCCCAGCUUUCAAUAGGCAAUAAGAUAUUACUGUGUCAUGAAAGGAGUGUGGCUAUUUGGCCUGGCAAAAUGAUUUUAUGCGCUGACUGAAUGGGAGCUGAUAAUUAUCCGUUUUUUACUCUGCUGGUCUUGGCUGGUCUCGGGAAGAAAUUAAGAGUCCUCAUUGUCCGAGACUGAGUCAAGGCAGAGUAAAAAUGUAUCUGACACCCAGACAAGACCGAGACACUCGAUAUGUGGUCUCGAGGCUGACCGGUCUCGAGUAUUACAACACUGGGGUAACCUCCCACUGGGCACAGAUGUCAAUUCAAUGUCUAUUCCACGUCGGUUAAACAUAAUUUCAUUGAAAUUACAUGGAAACAACGUCUAUUCAACCAGUGUGUUCCCAGUGGGCUACUUCUACCCAGUGGCGACCCGUAAUUCAGGGCAGAGCCCCACCUGUUUUGAGCCCCACAUUUUAAGCUAGAAAUAAAAAAAUAAAAACUUUUUUUUGGGGGGGGCUUGACUGUUUUGAAUGUUAUUUUGGCAUUUUGUCACAUAUCAGUUUGCAAACAAUGUAAAACAAAUAAAUAAUAAUAAUUUAGUUAAAAAAGCUGCAUACAAAUAUGGUCUCUCAUUUGCUUUCUUGAGUAAGGCAGCUACAAAAUGCAGGUGUUUCAGCCUAGCUCAGUGCUUUCUGUGGUGGUGGGGCAGACAGCGGAAAAUACGGAGCGUAGGUGUUGGUAAUGUUCUCUAGUUGCGCCGUGAUUAGCUCAGUGUUCUGUCACUCGUGGGGACAGUACGUCACCGCCAAGUCUAAGAGUAGAGCUAGACAAUUCAAGCCCCUUGGGUGCUGCCAUAGAGUUACAUUAGAAGUGCCCAUCCAAGAAGGCGUUAUAUCGUUAUAUCUACAGUAGCUUUGAUUGGACUGAUCAUGUCAACAUCAUACUUUCAAAAUCUUAGCUAGCAGUCAUCAUCAUGAAUCAAGUCGACAAUCUACUGGCAAAUCCUUUUUAAUCCUUGUCAUAUGAAGAGAAAUAAUGAAGAGAAAUUAUAGAUAAAAUGUAUCGGUGCUCAUCGGCCAUUGGACAUAAACAUUACACAACAAGUUGGAAAUCACAAAUUCAACAAUGAGUGGUUUGGAAGGAAUCUGUGGCUAACUGCAAGCAUUGCAAAGCAAUCACUAGCCUGCUAUUCAGUGGAGUUUUAAAAUGAUAAACAUUCAACAUUGGCCAUGCUGUCAUUGAAGCAUGAUUUGUGCCGCGCUCAAAACAAUUUUUAACUCGGAACUGCGAAAAACUUGACUUUGGUGAGAUCAAGACAACUGGGAACUCGGGAAAAAACGAGCUCCGAUUGGGAAAAUAAAAUUUGAACGGUCAUCCAACUUGGAAUUGUAAAUCCGGAAUUCGGGCCUCUUUCUAGAGCUACGACCUGAAGAUCAAUGACGUCAUCAUGAUUCGACCUUGUUUUUUUCUGAGUUCCCAGUUGUCUUGAAAGCAUCAUAAAUCCAGAGAAUGCCAGACUUUGAUGACAAAAUUUCCCCACAAAGGACCACUUUCCUGUUCAAGUGAACACAGCACAACAAGGUGAGUCCAAAAAUGUAUUGUAUGCCGCUGCAUAAAUGAUGUAAUAUGCCAGGGAGAUAUAUAUACUUUAGCUAAGAAAGUAAUACUAAGUGUAUGUUGUGUAGUAAGCUGUUAGUAGCCCAUGUGCCUCACCCUAAUAAUUUGGUCUAUUUUCGCCUCUUAAUUUCGCCUACUGUUCUGACUUGGUGGUGCACAUGUAGCCUAUAACCUGUUUUAGAGCAAUGUAAUCAUCGAAUAUUGUACGAGCUUUCAUUGUCUGCUUAUAUGCCCCCUUUAUUUAUCCUACGGUUCUGACUUGGUGUACAGGGAUAACACUGUAAGAACGGCCCAUGUUCUGAAUUCUGUCGCUGUACAUUUCAAAAGUGCUAAACAAAUAGUUAGAUUGACUACGUCCGUCCUAGCUCGCUCAUUAAUGUCUUAAUCGAAAUUACGGAUUGCCUCUUAUCCGCUUGUCGUCCCCAUAUGUCAUAGUUUGUACAUCUCAAUUGUCAUUCGAAACCACAUUUGUUUAAGCAAGUCAGCCAUAUCAGCUAUGUUUUUUUUAAAGGCAGUAAAUUAGGCUGAAUUAACUGUUUCGCUGCCAGACAAGGCUCAGCUGAUAGCCAGGUGUAGCGGUGGUAAGAUGUUGGGACUGCUGUUGGGACUCUGCUGUUGGGACAGCUUUAUGUAGAUCCUAACAGUUUGUGGGCACCAUUUGCAUGGUUAAUUAAUGCAUUGUUUAGUGUUGUGUUGUGUAGUGGCUUUGCUGACAUGCAUCCCACAUUUUUGUUUUUGUUUGCCCCACCGAGAUGUACAUGCUAAAAUCGCCACUGCUUCUACCCUACAGGUUUGACUAGUUGCUUUAGACUACAUUACUAGGAUACAUUUCCCCCGACUCUUGCAAAUAGAUCAGGUUGUGAAAACAGAAAACAAGACUUGUUUGCACCUUCUAUAUUUAUGUCGUCAUGAAUAUUUACAGGGCAUCAAUGUAACUGAUAGUCCAGACCAUAUGUGACUGCAGGCCUUGUUUUUUUUGUGUCAUUUAGCAGAUGCUCUUAUCCAGAGUGACUUAAAGGAGCAAUUAGGGUUAAGUGCCUUGCUCAAGGGCAUAUCGAACCAGCAACUUUUUGGUUACUGGGCCAACGCUCUUAACCGCUAGACUACCUGCCGCCUAGCUAUAGAGACGUUUGCAGCCAUUUAACAUAAACCAGGCCUCUGAAACAUGUGUGGUCUUUAUACAUUAAAAUCCAUUGUGUAAUGUCAUACGAUCCCCCCUUGAGUAGUGUUGCAAAAACUGAAUGAACACGCACACCCACAUACACACAUGCAUGCACGUGGGCACACGCAUGCACACACGACGCACACACAGUCUGGAAACAGUUUAAGCAGAUUGGCCAUUUUCUUCUCAACCUCACUGCAACGCCAAGUACAACAACCCACUCCUGAGUCUUGAUCUGUUGGAAUGAGUAAUGUGUUUGUUUUUGUCGUCAAUGACGUGACAUUGUCUCAUCAAAAUGAUAUCUGGAAAUUAAUUAAGGGGUUUUGAUGUGAGGAGAAUGAAGUGAAGGUUGAAGUGGUUGUGAACAGAGACGGGCAGUAUUUCUGUUACAUCUAUUUGAAAUAUGUGUUUCAAUUUAUUUUGUCAUCUCUUACAGAAAAUCACAUGAUUUCACAUGACAUUUCACGUGAAAUGAUAUGAAAACGUGUUUUUAGAACACUUCAUGUGAUCACUUUUUCACAUGUGUAGUUUCAUGUGAUCACGGAUUGCCUUACAUGUUGUCACAUGUUAUCACAUUAACUUCACAUACUGUAAGAUCAAAUGUGAUCACAUGAAUACAUGUGUUUUUGGAACAAUUCACUUGUGCUCACAUGUGAAAUUCAUGUGGUUUUUCCAUAAGGAAUAUGCCACAGAGUGUCAAGGAAUAUUGGCACAAAUCUGGUCUGGAUUCCAGGCUAAAGAUGAUGCUCAAUAUUGAAUAUUGCACAAGAGACAGUUUUGCUCCUGAUCUCCUUGCUUGCAUGCCUGUGGUAGGCUACUCUAAUCACUUAAAGCGGCAAUCACCAGUAUUGAGAUAAUGAGCAGUAGAAAUUCCCCGACCCUGUUUCGGUAAAAAGCUGAGGGGUGGGACUGGAGAAAUUAAACCACUCUCAAAUCAUAGACAGAACUAUAUGGAUACAAGGACUGACCAUCCAUGAUAUCAAAAUGAUAGUUUUAACCAUGUUUUGAUUUACUUCGAUUAUAAACAUAGGAGUAAAACAAGCUUCUCUUUUGGGUUCUGAUGGGGUACGACAGUUGAACUGUCACGGAUUCUGCCGAGGCUGCUCCUCCUCCUAGUUCGGGCAGGCUUCGGCGUUCGUCGUCCCCGGAGUACUAGCUGCCACUGUUGAAUGUUUCUAUUUACAUUUAGCAGACGCUCUUAUCCAGAGCGACUUACAGGAGCAAUUAGGGUUAAGUGCCUUGCUCAAGGGCACAUCGACAGAAUUUUUUCACCUAGUCGGCUCGGGGAUUAGAACCAGCGACCUUUCGGUUACUGGCACAACGCUCUUACCCACUAAGCUACCUGCCGCCCCGUGUUUGAUUGCUUUUGUCUGUCUAUUACACCUGUGUCCGUUUGUGUCUGAUUACGUGUUCUAUAAGUUGCCUGUUUUGUAUUGGUUAGGUUGUGUGUUGUUUUUCGCCUGUCCGUUGUGCUGCGUAUUUGUCUCUGUUUUGUUGUUUUAUUGUUUUACGCAUAGUUGCGUAAUUGCUCGCCUCUGUUUUGUUUUGAGGCCGAUCAUUGUAUCUUUGCCUUGUGGUUUCACAAGUAAACUUUGUUGGACUAAGCUUCGGUGUCCUGUGCCUGACUCCCACACCACAUACACCUCAGCCUUGACAUGAACUAAGCUCAUGAGACAUUUAUAAGUUAUAUUCUUCAAGAAUCAAUGGGUACAUAUCAUUAAUUUAUCAUGUCUAAAAAGGGAUGUAGCAACUGCUGAUUGUCCCUUUAACCUAUUUGUAUUGGAGAAAUAGAGUACAUCAGAUUAAAUGAAGUCAAUGGCUGUGUGCGAAAUCGUUCUUGCUUUCUAUGAGCUCUGUUUCAAAGUAGUGCACUAUAUAGGGAAUAGGAUGUCAUUUGAGACACAACCUAACAGCGGUGUUUCCCUCCUCUAGGGUGGAACGGCUCACCCUACUCAGAGGAGAUGAGGAGUGUCCCAAAUGGCACCCUAUUCCUUUUAUAGUGCACUACUUUUGACCAGGGACUAAAGGGCAGCUCAACCCCCACUAGGGGUUCACAGGGGGACAGUUUUGCCCCUCACUGCCUCAUGGUGUGGUGUGUAUGAGGCAUGAUAAGUUCUUUUUGGAGUUGCUAUUUGGGAAUGUAACUACUCACAGGCAUGUAUGUGCCCAAACACACAAACCCACACACACGUGUACUUGUGUGCAUGUAUGCAUGAAGGCAUGCACAUACACACACGUACACACGCAUGCACACACGCACGCACACACAUACACACACCAUUAGCAGUUGUCUGUGAAGUCUGUUUCCUUUGGGAACACAGCUGGAUUUAUAGCCUAGGGUGAGAGAGGGGCUCUAUGGUCAUGAUGACUGUAUAUAGUGGCUAAGGUACUGUAUGGUUUACCUUUCACUGAUUUGAUAGUAAGGUUUGAUUUGAUAUCAGGGCACAGAAAGCUGUAUACAGUGGCUUGCGAAAGUAUUCACCCCCUUGGCAUUUUUCCUAUUUUGUUGCCUUACAACCUGGAAUUAAAUUGGGGUGUGUAUCAUUUGAUUUACACAACAUGCCUACCACUUUGAAGAUGCUAAAUAUUUUGUAUUGUGAAACAAACAAGAAAUAAGACAAAAAAACAGAAAACUUGAGUGUGCAUAACUAUUCACCCCCCCAGUCAAUACUUUGUAGAGCCACCUUUUGCAGCAAUUACAGCUGAAAAUCUCUUGGGGUAUGUCUCUAUAAGCUUGGCACAUCUAGCCACUGGGAUUUUUGCCCAUUCUUCAAGGCAAAACUACUCCAGCUCCUUCAAGUUGGAUGGGUUCCGCUGGUGUCCAGCAAUCUUUAAGUCAUACUACAGAUUCUCAAUUGGAUUGAGGUCUGGGCUUUGACUAGGCCAUUCCAAGACAUUUAAAUGAUUCCCCUUAAACCACUUCGAGUGUUGCUUUAGCAGUAUGCUUAGGGUCAUUGUCCUGCUGGAAGGUGAACCUCCGUCCCAGUCUCAAAUCUCUGGAAGACUGAAACAGGUUUGCCUCAAGAAUUUCCCUGUAUAUAGCGCCAUCCAUCAUUCCUUCAAUUCUGACCAGUUUCCCAGUCCCUGCCGAUGAAAAACAUCCCCACAGCAUGAUGCUGCCACCACCAUGCUUCACUGUGGGGAUGGUGUUCUUGGGGUGAUGAGAGGUGUUGGGUUUGCGCCAGACAUAGCGUUUUCCUUGAUGGCCCAAAAGCUCAAUUGUAGUCUCAUCUGACCAGAGUACCUUCUUCCAUAUGUUUGGGGAGUCUCCCACAUGCCUUUUGGCGAACACCAAACGUGUUUGCUUAUUUUUUUCUUUAAGCAAUGGCUUUUUUCUGGCCACUCUUCCGUAAAGCCCAGCUCUGGGGAGUGUAUGGCUUAAAGUGGUCCUAUGGACAGAUACUCCAAUCUCCGCUGUGGAGCUUUGCAGCUCCUUCAGGGUUAUCUUUGGUGUCUUUGUUGCCUUUCUGAUUAAUGCCCUCCUUGUCUGGUCCGUGAGUUUUGGUGGGCGGCCCUCUCUUGGCAGGUUUGUUGUGGUGCCAUAUUCUUUCAAUUUUUUAAUAAUAGAUUUAAUGGUGCUCCGUGGGAUGUUCAAAGUUUCAGAUAUUUUUUUAUAACCCAACCCUGAUCUGUACUUCUCCACAACUUUGUCCCUGACCUGUUUGGAGAGCUCCUUGGUCUUCAUUGUGCCGCUUGCUUGGUGGUGCCCAUUGCUUAGUGGUGUUGCAGACUCUGGGGCCUUUCAGAACAGGUGUAUAUAUACUGAGAUCAUGUGACAGAUCAUGUGACACUUAGAUUGCACACAGGUGGACUUUAUUUAACUAAUUAUAUGACUUCUGAAGGUAAUUGGUUGCACCAGAUCUUAUUUAGGGGCUUAUUUAUUUUUUGGCAUUUUUUGAAACAAGUUCCACUUCACCAAUUUGGACUAUUUUGUGUAUGUUCAUUACAUUAAAUCCAAAUAAAAAUCCAUUUAAAUUACAGGUUGUAAUGCAACGAAAUAGGAAAAACGCCAAGGGGGAUUAAUACUUUUGCAAGGCAAUGUAUGCAAUGUACACAAUCUAUAGUAUUCUAUGAGUCUAUAGUAAAGCUGGGCAAUAUGGACAAAAUCCAUAUUGCGAUAAAUUGCCUGAAUUUAUGUGAUAAGUAGAACUAUACAUUUAUAACAUUAAUGUGCAGCAGAGUUUUUUUAAAUUACCCUUUAAACUACUACUGCUAGUUUGAUUGUUAUAGCCAUCAAUUGGUCCAUUAACAAUCACACAUAUUAGCAAACUUAUUUCAUUUCAAACUUCACAUUUCUCUAGUAUAGGCCACUUAUCGUAAUGAACGAUAUCAGCAAAAUGCCUGUGAUAAGUGAUUGGUAUGGUCGGUGUCGAUCAUAUUUGGUUUAUCAUCCCUGCUCUAGUCUAUAGCAGGGUUUGAUCCAGUGGAUCAAAUUAAUGACAGAUGGAAAGCCAUGUAAAACAGAAAAAAAGCUUAUAUUUGAUUUAUCCAGGGUAGAAUCUAGUAAAUGAACACGUACGCACACACACACACACACACACACACACACACACACACACACACACACACACACACACACACACACACACACACACACACACACACACACACACACAUACACACACAGGAGCUGGAGCUGGUUAGAGUUGAGUUGAGCUGCCUCCAGGGCUGGUUAGGUAAAGACUUGGACCAACCUCUGCUACACUCUCUAUUGCCAAGUGUAAGAUUUCAGCGCUAUGCAACAUUAGACAUCAACAAUAACAUAUGUUCCCUAAGCAUGGCUGUGUCUCCCAAAGAGCGAUAUCAUUUACAGAGACUCCAGUAACUUUCCAUAACUCUGACAGUGUUGGCCUAUAGCUUGGAUUUCUGCCAUGUCUCAGUUUUAACUGUGGACUGUUAGGGCUAUACAGUGUACAUUGAAUAGAAGAGGUAAUCGUAACUAGGACCAGGAGUUUUUCUUAAGAAAAACGUUGGGCCCUAUUACCAGGGUCAUGUCACAUGCAGGGAAAACCCCUGUCCCUCACCAUAACCAGAGGUUGAACCAACUUACCUGAUUUAUUGUCACCUUUUUGUUGAUCGUCUUUCAAAUAGAGGAAGAAGUGAAUGAAAAGGGUUUUUAAAGUAAUUCUGACCUUCUCCUUCACUUUGCUCAUGGAACAUUUAUAUUCAGAGUGCAUUUAGCAGACAUGCUGGAUCGUACCGGUCUCACGCAACACUGACUGGCACGACUUCUCAGAGUGAGCCACAAACCAUCCCCAUGGCCGUAAUACUUCAAACAGAUCACUGUGUAUUUACAGUGAUGCUGUUGUUUCACAGGCCUGUGUGAGACUGGGAACGUAAUAGCCUGGUCCCAGAUCUGUUUGUGGUGUCUUGCCAAUUCCUAUAUAGCCAUUGUCACAUAAGACAGCACAAACAGAUAUGGGACCAGGCUAUGCCUCUUAGACGGAGAGAGGUAAGAGAGAGAGAGAGAGAGAGAGAGGAGAGAGAGACGAGAGAGCCAGCGAGCGGUCGAAGAGAGUGAGAGGGACGAGAGAGAGGAAGCGAGUAGAGAGACAUGGAGAGAGAGCGAGAGAGACGAGAGAAGCGAGAGAGAGAGCGAGAGCGGAGAGUAGACUAUCUGUCGAGCUGCAGCAGGCUAUAGAGAUGAUAGAGUAAGCGCUGAUAGAUUGAGUCUCUCUCUUUCUCUCCUCUUUUCUCUCUCUCUCUCUCUCUCUCUCUCUCUCUCUCUCUCUUCUCUAUCUCUCUUUCUCUCUCUCUCUCUCUCUCUCUCUCUCAACAUCCUCAGUACUUUUCCAGUUCAUAAGCUACAGCUGGGCCGAGCGCCAGAUGUGCUGAAUUUAAUGUACGAAAGGCGUAGGACAGUCAACGGAAAUUGGUGAUUAAACUCAACAGCAUCGCAAAAGCGAAAUAAUCUAGAGCAGUUUUUGUAUGUGUUAUUGUUUCAUUAGUGGUAUAAUUUAUCGAACUAGUCUGUAAGUAUGAUAGAGGGGAGUUGCAGGUGCUUUUCUUGUAAAAAAUACCCAUAAAGCUCGGUGCUCUGCCACAAAAGUACUGAGGGAGUUCAGAUUCCUUCAGCAGACAGUAAGAAGAGCAGACGGCACUUCAACCUUUGAACUAAGUUUCCACAAGAAAGACAUCGUCAGCUCAUUGUCAUCUGCCCCUUUAUUAUACAUUUCUUGCCAUGUUUUUUUCCCUGCGUAAUAUUCCAACAGUGUUUUCUCAUCUCUCCCUGUUCCAGGCGUUGAAUAACAGCGUGUAUAAGAAUGUCUCGCCAUACGGCUCGCUCAACAACAUCGUUGAUGGACUCAACUCCCUGACGGACCACUUCUCCGACCUCUCCCUCUCCUCAGAGUCCCGCAAGCCAAGUAAGAGACCCCCGCCCAACUACCUGUGCCACCUCUGCUUCAACAAGGGCCACUACAUCAAAGACUGCCCCCAGGUAGGACACGGGAUGAGACAGUCCUUAUUCUUUUACAUGUUCAUUUGUUAUUUUAUUUGUUUGUUUGUUCAUUCAUCCAUCCAUCCAUCCAUCCAUCCAUUCAUGUUGUUUUUGUUCUACCUCUAAUUCUAUUGGUUCAGUGUCUUUCGAUUUCAAAAUGCUACUGGCUGCCAUCGAGAGUGAUCAUAUUUCCAGCCAAUCAUGUCCCUUUGAAAUUGGCCAAUGGCUGUGCAGCGGUGUCAUCUGUGUGGCUGUGCCCUGACCUAGUUGUCAAACAGACAAGCCUCUGUCCUCUGUUGUCAUGAGUGUGUUAAUUGGGCAGACGGACGGACUACUGAACUUCACUAUGAGGGAGGAGUAGUAGGGUGAAGUUGGCCCUAGUUGCUGAUCUUGGGUCAGUUUUGCAUUUUCUCCACUAAUGGUUAAAAUUAGGAUUGGGGUAGGGGAAGCUGGUCCUAGAUCUGUACCUAGGGGAAACUUCACUCUGAGAGUAUGGAACCAGCGGUAUACGAAACACAUUUUCAUCAUCAGUAGAUUUCAUUUCAUCAUUAGCCAGGAGAUUUCAUUUGUUUUAAACAAACACAGUAGGCUACAUACAUUUCUUUCUGUGAGGGAAACGAGCAUAACCAUGGCGAAUCAGCAGCGAGUUCCAGCUGUGAGGUCCCAUGGGUACCAGAGUGUGACCAAUGGGGUCCAAGCUGAGCUCUGUUCUGUUUAACAGAAUAAGUACAGGACUCUAUGGUACUGAUGGGACGUAUAUACCCAUAUAAAUAGAAUGAGUAGAAUGUGCUUGGAACCUCUCACAUUGGCAGUUUGACUUGUAAACACAUUCUAGUUUUGUGGAUCUACCCACCUAUUGAUUGGAGGAUGUAUGUAUGGAAGACACCACAUUAUGUUUUGUAGUAACCAAAACGAUCACAUUAUAUGAUAGCCUACUUCUAGUAAAUGUGCACCCUAAAACACAGGAGAAUCAAUGUACAUCAUUAUUGAUAUCAUGCUGUAUUAUGCACACUGCGAUGGCGUAACAUGUCACAAUAGCACAACUGAAAUAGCAUUCUGAGAGAUUAUGGACCACAAAAUUACUAUUGUGGUUUUCACAUACAGGCACUUUGAGGAACGUUCUGUCUCUUUUUACGACGCCUUGUAAAAGCAAACUUCAUGGUCUGAGUUUAAGUUUGAAAAUGAAAUAUCUGAUUUCGAAACAUGGACAAUCACAGUUUUUCUCAGAAUUCUGGUGUGGAGAGGUUAUUGUUAGAUAAGCCCAUGGUGAUGCCAGAUAAGAGGUUGUUGUUAGAUAAGCCCAUAGUGAUGCCAGAUGAGAGGUUGUUGUUAGAUAAACCCAUGGUGAUGCCAGAUAAGAGGUUAUUGUUAGAUAAGCCCAUGGUGAUGCCAUAUGAGAGGUUGUUGUUAGAUAAGACCAUGGUGAUGCCAUAUGAUAGUUUGUUGUUAGAUAAGCCCAUAGUGAUGCCAGAUGAGAGGUUGUUGUUAGAUAAUCCCAUGGUGAUGCCAGAUGAGAGGUUAUUGUUAGAUAAGACCAUGGUGAUGCCAGAUGAGAGGUUGUUGUUAGAUAAGCCCAUAGUGAUGCCAGAUGAGAUGUUGUUGUUAGAUAAACCCAUGGUGAUGCCAGAUAAGAGGUUGUUGUUAGAUAAGCCCAUGGUGAUGCCAGAUGAUAGGUGGUUGUUAGAUAAGCCCAUAGUGAUGCCGGAUGAUAGGUUGUUGUUAGAUAAACCCAUGGUGAUGCCAGAUGAGAAGUUGUUGUUAGAUAAACCCAUGGUGAUGCCAGAUAUUAUCUUCUUCUUUCGCUCUCCCUCUCUCUCUCUCUCUUGCUCUUUCUCUUUCUCUGUCUCUCUCUGUUUAUCGUGUGUGUGUGUGUGUGUGUUUUUUGUAGAGCUUGCUGGUUAAGACCGAAUCAACACUAAUCCUUGUAUUUUUAUUGUGUUGACGUUGUAAAUCCGUGCUUGAUAGUCAUCACUGUGUAUUUAAACCAUUGAACCGGUCAGUUUAGCGAGUCAGUGGAAAUGUUAUUACCACCAAACCCCCUCAACAAUAGACUGCUACGAAACCAGUCUAGACUUCAUGGGUGUAACUGAAAUGUGUGUGUGUGUGUGCGUGUGUGUGCGUACGUACGUGCGCAUGGGCGUAACUCAAAUACAGCGAAUCUGUCGGGGCUCCCCAACUGUUCGUUAAACUGCAAACGGAUACACAGAAAACACCAGAUCUCCAGCGUGUUUUAACCACACCUGCAUCACAUACAUGGAAGACAUGGAAGACACUCCAAACGAGUGCAGACCUGGGCCAGUGCAAUGCAUAUGUCCAAUACUUUACAUUAUUUGAGGGGUGCUUGAUUUACAGUAGCUUGGGGUUUGCACUUUGAGGACUAUUCCGUUGAUUCCAUUGUACUAGGUGAACUAAAUCAAGUACAGGCCAAGUAUUAUAAAUUAUUUGAGCUUGAUUUAGCUUGGCGAUUGAACUUUUGGGACUAUUCCGUUCAUUCCAUUGUACCAGGAAAACUAGAUCAAGCGCAGGUCAAGUAUUUGAAAGAAUUUGAGGAGUGCUUUAUGUAGAAUGUAGUUUGAACUUUGAGGACUACUCCAUUAGUUCCAUUGUACCGAGUGAACUAAAUCAUAAUUUGAUAAACUAAAUUGAAUGAUAUGUCUAUGAAUCAAGCAUAGCUCAAGUAUUUGAAAGUAUUGGACAGACGUAUUUAUUUGACCCAGGUCUGAAUGAGUGUGAUGAUUUUCAAGCGGGCGUCCCUAAGGAACAGGACUUCACAGGCCUCCCUUUGCUGGGUUUGCGAUCCUUUACAGUAAUGUUCUGUUAAACCAAAGUUUCUAUGGAAAUUAAGGUAACAUACUGUACCUUUUUUUAUGGUAACUUACUGGCUGCCAGUAAGUUACUGUAAAAACAACAUGAUUUUUUUUUACAAUGUACUCUCCAUCACUCCGUGUAAUAGUGCCCAGUCCUUUCCAGCUUAGUCUGUGAUGUUAAGGGCAAAGCCCCACUGCUUCCCUCCCUCUAUCCUCCUAGGUACAGUGUUGUAGUCUCUCCCAGAGGGACCUUUCUCUCCCCCAGUCCUCUGUAGUUACUGAGGAGUGGAAACCAAAGCCCCACUACCCCUGCCCGAAAGAGGACUGCCCUAGUGUGGAUCAACAGGGUCCUGGUUGGUUGGUGUGGUUGAGAGGGAGGGGGCUCCAAUAGGAAACAGAGAAUGAAACAGCUGAGUGGAGCUGCAGAGAGACACAGGAAGGGGAUCUGUGAUAGAUCUUCCUGUGGUUGGUGGGCUGUCUGUGUUGUGCAUUUACAUUUUUGUUAUUUAGCAGACGCAUACAUUUUAGUACUGGUCCCCAGUGGGAAUCGAACCCACAACCCUGGCAUUACAAGCACCAUGCUCUAUCAACUGAGCCACACAGGACCUGCAUAUAUGUGUUUUUGUUUUCCUCUGGUUAGUAUGUAGUGGUAGUACAAUUAUAUUACUCUCCUGUGUCAUAGGACUGGUCCUCUGGGAGCUCUCUCUGCUCUGCUCUCCUCUCCUCUUCCCUCUUCCUCUCCGCCUGCCGUCAUAGGGCGACCGAGGUGUUAUGUAAACAGGCUUUUAUUUGGAGAAUGAGGUCGCUCCCCCAGUUCUGACCAGAAUGUCCUGUUCACUGGGGCCUGGCUGCCUGGCUGCCCCCCUCUGGUGCACAGCCUAAAUGUCUUCCACUUUCGUUCAUGAUUUGUUUGGUGGCCUCAAUCGCCUGCUCCGCCUCUGAUGUUUCCCUAAUGAAAAUGAUCCAUUGAUUGACGUCCACUCGCCAUGUUUCCCCCUGUACAGGGAUUAACACAUGGAAUAUUUGCUGUAAUUUAAUGUGUGUGGGGAGUCACUGAGUCACUCCCUCAUCCAGUGGCCAUCUCCCCUCUUCCCCCUAUCCCCCGCUCCCCUCCCCUGGCCAAUGCCCUCAAGCUGCCCUGCUCUACACACUGA